AUGGCUCUACGGACCAGCGGCAGCUCGCUUGAUUUCCUCAAACACGCCUAUCAACUUGGUGAAGAAGACCGAGUACAUUUCAAGGUUACAUUCGAUCUACAGGGCUAUGGGACGUGCAAUCAGGGCAUCCAGGAGCAUUUGCAGCGACUGAACAACUCGGAAUUCGCAGACACUGCAGCACCGAACACUAGUCUCUCUUUAGAGGAUCAAAGAGCACUGUUGAUAGCAGAGACCGGUGCGGUGCGAUCCCAGCGGACUGUUUGUUUUGGACGCGUAUCCACUGCCGAGGGUUUUCGAGACAAACUGCGCCCUACAUUUGUGUUAGGCGUGUGGACGGAAGUACCGAAAAGUCCCGUGACAUCUGCU